UUUAAAUAACCCACUCCAACAUGGGCAGCCUCUUAACAAACUGUGACUUCCAAAUGCCCCAAACCAGCUACAGAAACCCAGCCUCGGUCAAGCUCCUCACUGAACACUACAUCAAGAGAAGGUGAGACUUCGAGAGUUCAGCCCCAACAGAUUUCAAAAUUAAGAAAUCACCAAGAUUCUUUAAGGGAAAUUUGGCGAUGGGGCUAAGGAAAGAGCAUAAGCAAGUAGAUGAGCGGAAUGAGAAGAUGGGGAGUAAAGAUAUCAAAAAGUUAUCGAUCUUUGAUGGGAUUAUGGAAUGUGAGGAAUGUAUGGAGGAAGAUGAGCAAAUUGGAAUUAAUAUUUCUGUAUCUUUGGAUGGAAAUCAGGCAAGUUUUGAAUCAUCAGACAUUGAUUUGGAUGAAAAAUCCUCAGAUGGCCAGGAGCAAGGUAAUAAAUGUACUCCUGAUAAUACUGUGAAGGUCUGACCUAUUACACUUAUCAAAGAGUAUUGUUGUGAGUAUGAAGACAUAGUGCUUUAUUCAGAAGAUUGUAAUGAAGAACUGGGAUAUCACCACUAUGUGUUGAAUGCUGAUCCUAAAGCUCUUAACAUCAAAGUUAUUCAGAAAUAACAGUCCUUUUCUUGCCAAAUAGGC